GAAUACGUUGUCGUGAUUUUAUGGCUUUGAAGAGCUCAAAAUUUUAAAACUCGAGUCAGUUUAGUAUUGUUGUGGCACAGCAUGCCUGUCUUGGAGUUAGACGCUUGGUAACGUAACUAGGUGACAGGAAUCCGCUCCUCCAGCUAACCGUAUUCCAAGACAUGGACAGUAGUCCUGACGCUAUGAUAGGGGCAUGGUGGUUGAGUAGACGCUGGUAUUUAUAUUUCCGCACGCCUCACAUUAAUUUGUUAAGGCACCCCGACAAUUUUGUAUCUGCAUCUCACUUCGUUCGAACGUAGCCGUGUUCAGCAUGCGAUACAUCACAGCAGCCGUAGUUGCCUCGGCGCUCUUCUCUAAUGUGGAAGCUACUUUCAUGGAGACUGACAUCCUUGCCGCGACUGGUCUUGCCAAGCUGGGUCUUCAUGUGGCCCUGAAUGGUUAUCCUAACCCGGAAAAGUGCACACUCGAGAACGUUGCAGUACGACGAGAAUGGUCAUUUCUGACAAGGGCGGAAAAGCUGAACUACAUCGAUGCUGUCAACUGCUUGGCAACAAAGCCCGCUAAGACGCCCGCAGCAAUUGCUGCUGGUGCAAAGACUAGGUACGACGACUUCGUCGUCACACACAUCCAACAAACCAUGAGCAUCCACGGCACCGGAAACUUCCUUGCAUGGCAUCGUUACUACACAUGGGCUUAUGAGCAAGUGCUUCGCAAUGAAUGUGGGUACAAGGGCUACCAGCCGUACUACAACUGGCCAUGGUGGGCCGAGGAUCCUACCAAAUCGCCAAUGUUUGACGGUAGUGCAACAAGCCUCUCGGGUGACGGGGCAUACGUCUCUGGGCGCAACGGGUCCUGCCUACCCAGUGAUGAGCGCUGUUUCGUAGUUCUAGAGCCAGCGAAUGGAGGUGGUUGCGUCAAAUCAGGCCCCUUUAAGAACUGGAAGGUUAACAUGGGCCCUCUCCAAAACCACCUUGCUGGCGUCAAGCCGAACCCACAGGCUGACGGUCUCGGCUACAACCCACGUUGUCUGAGCCGCGAUAUUAGCAAGCAGGCUGCAGCCGAGACGACUGAUGCCAAAGUCUCUUUCCUAAUCAAGAACAGCACAGACAUUCAGAGCUUCCAAGAUCUGUUGCAAAACUUUGUGCCUGGCUCCGUCGGUAUUCACAGUGGCGGCCACUAUACGAUUGGCGGCGACGCUGGCUCGGAUCUGUACAACUCACCAGCUGAUCCAGUCUUCUUCCUGCACCACGGUAUGAUCGAUCGGGUCUGGUGGGCGUGGCAAAACCAAAAUGUGAAGAAGAGAACGCAUGUCAUUGCCGGCACAUUGUCGUUUCUGAACCGACCGCCCACUCGCGAUGCCACACUGCAAGACGAGAUCACACUCGGACAUGUUGGGUUCCCUAAUAUCACGAUAGACGAUGCGACGAGUACAUUGGGCGGGCCGUUCUGCUACAUCUACGCCUAGGCAGACACAGCAUUAUUCAUGAGAAAGCUUAAUGUCCAAUACCAAUCAGUUUACAAUGCUUCAUGCAGUACCCCACCUCUCCAAAGCUAUGUAGGCUACAAUCACGAGUGUAUUCAGACUGCGAGUCAGGUUGGGUCGGACCGAGACGCGGGCACGCCCGGCGCUUUACCUUAAUCUCGACCUCAAUUGCUCCACGUCUUCGUCGUCUUGUAUG